AUGCGGGGCGCAAAAACCGUGCCAAAAAUUUUGAUUGGCUCUGAGGACUUUACGAAGAAGUUCACCCUCGACGAUGUCACCGGACAACUUUGGCUAACCGCAAAUGACACCGUGCAAGUCACAAAAGAAGAAUUUACGCUAUCUGCCCAAUGGGAAAUUGACCUCUGGACUUGCAAUGCGACGAAGAAUAUAAAGUUAACAAAGACGGUUUUUGGGAAAGAGCAAUUCGACGUUCAAUUGACAAAAGUGGAAACGACGACAACAGCUGCACCGACGACAACUACAACAACCGUACCACUAACUACGGGCCCAAAUGUGACCACUACCAUAACUUCCUCGACCAGCCCCCCUACUACACCCGUCACCACCUCAACCCCCAAAAUUAGCUCUACCCUAACCAUCACCUACGUGGUAAUCCCGGAUGUCCCUCCACACAAGGAAUGCGAAAAACCAGGGAACGGUGCCGUUGUUAUCGCCGUGCUUGAGGCACUAAUCAUCAUUGCGCUAGCAGGAUUUGUAAUCUACAGAUCGUGCAUUCUGCCCAGACAGCAGGGGUUGAGGCAUGGGUGGCCAGAGAACACCAUGUACCCACCAUACUCAGCAGAGCGUGCCGAAAAUAUCGAUCAAUACAGAGCGCCUCGGUCUACUCAAGGUACACCCCAGGCAACGUAUACUAAUAAUGGAGCGAAUUUUGGGAAUGGGUGGAGCACAGCAGUUCCCCGCGCAGACACGGCAGUCACCCUCCCCAUGACCGCCUUGAGCCCGACCCCGGCCCCAAUAAGUCCCACACGAGCUAGAAUCGCGGAUGGUCCCGUCCUAUCAAGUGUCAAUCCUUCUCCUUCGCUUGUUACGGUAGAUAUUGAUGCACCAAACCCACGUCCUACGCAAAAUAGACCGCCUCAAGAUCCAUUAGAUUUGAAUACGGUUUGGAAUGAUCCAUUCCACCAG